UCUAUUUCUUCUAUCCAUCAAUCAUCACACAUCCACUCUCUUAAACCUUCUUUUCCAGAUCUCUCUCUCUUCUUCUUUUCCGUGAUCCUUUUGGUCCAUCGUUCUCUCUCGAUGUCUAUCAACUUGAUCCUUUUCUCCUUCUAGAGGAAUUUCCUUUUCUUCUUUCUUUCGGCCCUAUUUCAAAGCAUUUCAUUCUCCAGAUUUUGUUUUUCCACCCAGGAACCCAAUAAAGUUCGUGAAACUCGAGGUAUUUUUUGGUAGCUUCAACAAAGAAACGUAAAGCUACAUAAGUUGAGUUAGGAAAGGGAAGUUUCUGGUAUAAUGUUGGGGGGCAACAAUGGUAACCCGCUUCCUGUUUUCCUGGACGAGACUCAAUUUCGAUAUCAAACAAAUCCAGCAAAUCAAUUGCAGUUGUUUGGAAACUUACAAGCUGGAUGCAGUGUUGAUCCAGUUAAUUACUUUGGAAAUGAGCAUAUCAGUCCCAUGAUUCAGCCAAACAAAAGAAGCAGGGAAAUGGAAGAUAUCUCGAAGCAGAAAAGGCUUCAGAUUUCCUUAAAUUACAAUGUCUGCCAAGAUGAUGCUGAUCGAUCAGCAAGCAUUCCGAAUCCUAAUCCUGUGUCAACAGGAUUAAGGCUUUCAUAUGAUGACGAUGAGCGCAACUCAUCUGUCACUUCCGCAAGUGGAAGCAUGAAUGCUGCACCCUCUAUCUUGCUGUCACUCGGUGAUAAUAUCAGAAGCGAGCUUGAUAGGCAGCAAGAAGAGUUAGACCAAUAUAUUAAACUUCAGAAGGAACAAUUGUCAAAAGGAGUGAGGGACAUGAAGCAAAAACACAUGGCUUCUCUCCUUACUUCGAUUGAAAAAGGCGUUACUAAGAAGCUAAAGGAGAAAGAUAUAGAGAUUGAUAACAUGAACAGAAAAAAUAGGGAGCUAGCAGAUAGAAUAAAGCAGGUGGCUAUGGAAGCACAAAACUGGCACUACAGAGCCAAGUACAACGAGUCAAUCGUCAAUGUGUUAAAAAACAAUCUCCAGCAGGCAAUAUCUCAAGGAGUUGAACAAGGGAAGGAAGGAUUCGGAGACAGCGAAAUUGACGACACUGCUUCCUACAUAGAUCCUAAUAACCUCUUCAGCGUUGCAGGCGCACAGCAUAUGAAAUCCACGUACAAGAAUUACCAAGGCAUGGAGAACCUGAGUUGCCGAGCGUGCAAGGCGAAGGAGGUUUGCAUGUUGUUGAUGCCUUGUAGGCACCUGUGCUUGUGUAAGGACUGUGAUGGAUUUAUCAAUGUUUGUCCUGUUUGCCAAUUGAUUAAGACUGGAAGUGUGGAGGUAUAUCUCUCAUAAGUCAUAACUCGCAAAAUGGAAGUACUUAAAAAGAAAAAAAAGAAUCACUCUUCUCUCUGUGUGAAAAAGUUCAUCAUAAUGUUCAAGUUAAAAAGUACUUGUCACCUAAAAAAAAUGAACUACUUCAAGGGAUAGUUCUAUACACUUGUGUUAAUAACACUACUACAUAUGCUCCUUGUACCAAAAGCCUAUUUUUAUGUAGACUUUUUUCACCAUGGAGCUUCACCUAAUUGCUGAUGAGAUGCAUCAAUUGUUUACAAUGAUUAUGAACAGAGAAAUAGGGGAAAGGUAAAUGUGUCCUGACUCCUGAGGCUGACAUUACUUGUUGAAUAAUUAAAAUAAAAAAGGAAGUAAUAUUUGUAAGUCUUUCUUAACAAAGAAAAUUACAGUUU